AUGUCGGAAAAACGAUUGGAUUUACAAGGAAUUCGAGGGCUGGCGAUUUUGGCCGUUUUGGGCUUUCAUUUUUAUCCCGAACUAUUUCCGAACGGAUAUUUGGGAGUUGAUCAGUGAGUUUUGAAAUCAAAAUGGUGACGAAAAGGUUUUCAGUCUCAGAAGAUGAAAUUCUAAACUUUCAUCUUCGGAAAAAUCAUUGAAUCUGAUUUCGACCACCAUUUUCAGAUUCUUCGUCCUCUCCGGUUUCCUAAUGUGUAUGCUCCUCACAAAAUCGCAAAACCUUCCAACUCCCGAAUUUUUCACCAAUUUCUACACCCGUCGCUUCAAAAGAACCCUGCCACUCUACCAACUAUGCAUAUUUUUCUCUCUUAUUUUCCUAAUCACAAUAUUUCCCGAAGCCGCAAUUUCGCAAAACGAAAAAUCGGCCAAAAAAGCAAUGCUUUUCAUCUCAAACCGCCUCAAAUCAGAUCAGGAGAACUACUUCGAAAUGUUAUCGAUUGCAAUCGAUAUUUUCACACAUACUUGGUCACUUUCUGUCGAAAUUCAAUUCUAUUUCUUGGCUCCAAUAAUAUUCCUGCUCCCUGAGCAUUUAUACACAUUUUCGUUGAUUUCAGUGGGAAGUUUCAUCUAUUUUCAUCAUUUGCCAACAAAUUUCGCGUUUUUGAGUGUUUUUGCGAGAAUUUGGCAAUUUAUGACAGGUUAGAACUAUAAGUUUGCCACGCCAUAAAAAAUUUCCAAAGAAAAACGGAAUCUGAGAAACCUGAAACCAAGAUUCACUAUAUUUUCAGGCAUGCUUGCCUUCACUCUCGAUAGAAACUGGAACACGGCAUACCAGCAGCUUAGUCUCCAACAAGAAGAUUGUGAAUGUCUACUACAGGACGAAGAAGAAAGUCUGGAAGAAACUCCAAUAUUCCAAAAAUCCAGUCUAAACUUGCUCACAAAAAUAAUCACUACAAUCCUCCUUUUCUCAAUUUUCUACUUCGAAAUCUUGCCAGAACUUUUGAUGCGACCAAUCGUCACAUUUCUAACCGGAAUAUUAUUACUUAUCUCAUCUGGAGAAGAUGCAGUGCUUUCCAACAAAGUUUUAGUAUAUCUGGGAGAUAUUUCGUAUAGUUUAUAUUUGAUACAUUGGCCGAUAGUUGCUUAUUGGAAAAUGACCGGGGAGGGAAAUCAAAAUGAACUUGCGAUGUAUUUGAUGUUAACUGUGGGGAUGGGAAUCGUAAUGUUUCACACAUUCGAAACCUGGUACACUGGAAAAGCAUCGAAUUGGACGGUUUUCGUAGUGGUGGUAUUAUUGAGUUUAGGGAAUUUGGCUGUUUUGAAUCGAGAUGAGCUAAUUUUCGAAUCACAGGUACUCCUAGACUGAUUUCCACCGAUAAAUCAAAUAACUUCAGGUCUACACGAGAGAUGGAAUAUUAGCGAAUAUGACACUUGCUGAUGCGAUAAGAUUUAACAAAGAUUGGUCAGUUCAUGACGACGACAAUCUCCUACACCCAACCUGCGAUUAUGAAUUCACUAAACCUUUAGGUUGGUGCAAUCAAACUGGUCUCUCUCCUAGAAAUAAAUAUCGAAUCAUGAUAAUUGGCAAUAGUUGGGCGGCUAAUCAGGGACAAUUAAUUUAUGAUGAAUGCAAAGAUAAAGCAAAAAUUAUAUUACAAGGCUCGGCUUAUGGUUGUGAGCCAUUUUAUCCGUCGAAAAAUGAUACGAAGUGUAAGAAGAAUUUUACGUAUUUUGAGGAGAGGGUUAGAGAAUUUGAGCCGGAUUAUGCUUUUCAUUUGACAAGGUGGGUGCCAUUUACGAAUGGAAGAGGGAGAUUUUCUAGUGGGAAAACUACAUAGAUUUUUCAAAAAUAAAUAUCCAAUUUUCUACGAAACUAAAGUUCACUGUAGAAGUUAACCUAAGUCCCCGGAUUUCAGACACAUAUCAUACGGUGAAGAAUUUUCGGGAAAUUACCAAACCGACCAGGUUUAUCAGACGAUGUUGAAACAAAUGAAAAUAAUGACGAAAUAUAUCAAACGAAAAUUUUUUAUACUUGAUGCAAUUCCGUGGAUUGUAGAAGGGCAAGUUCGAAAAAUCACAGAUUAUAUCAAGAAAAAUGUGUCUUUCGUUGAAAUUGAUGUGAGUUUUUUACUUAUUCUUCAUAUUUCAUCAGAAGAAAAUUUUCUAGAAAAAAUACACAAAUUUCACGAAUUUUGUGUUUGCACGUGAAAGAUACGCUCAACUUUUCAAAGAUUGCGGGAACAAAUGUGAACGAAUUGAUUAUAUCGAAGAAUUCUACCGAAAUGACACUGGAACUUAUCGGUUUUUUGACGAUCGAGGAUUUAGUUAUAUGACAAGUGCGAAUCAUUUGUCACCUCAUGGUUUGGAAAAAAUUCGACAUGUUUUUACGGAAAUUUGUGAUAAACUAUGA